UUUCAUGGCCUUAACCUAUCUUCACAUGUACACAAUUGAAGCAUGGUUCCUAAAACUUGAAAUUCAUGACCACACUCAAACAAAAUCAUCGUGAAUUUUCAUGAUAGAACUAAGUGAUUGUUUUUCUCUGGAGGCUCUCCUACAAAUUGUGGCAAGCCACGAAAGCGACCAACGCCAAGUCACAUCAAAUAAUCCAUAGCAACAACACCAGGUUUUGGAACCAUAGUUCGGGGGAACACGUCCCCAUAUCCUCAUCCCGACCAUGGCCAGAAAAUCCAAUCCACCCCAAGAGUCGGGGGCGAGGUCCAAAGAUCCCGAAUCUCCGGGCAAAGUGGAUAAAGUGGCGGUAGCCGUGCGUCAUCCCGGAGUUUUCAUGGAAACCGAGGAUUUGGAGAAGGAAAUCGGGCAAAAACUGGAAAAGGGAGUCGUACCGGAGGCGAUUGACGUCAAAUCCACGCUCAAAUCCGUUGCUUCCCACCCUGUGGACCCGUCAACCAGCCCGGACCAAGAGAUUGACCAGCCUCAUGCUGGGGAGGAGGUGAAAGUUGAGGAUGGGUCGGAGGAUCUGGCCCAGAAGGUCAAGGCCGAACCCGAGUACCAACCAGCCAAAGCGGAUGAAGACGUGAUUGGCGAAGAGAUUGAAAUCGCGGGAAAGUCCACACCAGCCAAGACAAGGAGCUCAAUCAGCACCAGGAGGAGCAAGAAGUUGGAAGAACAGUCCCGACCCGCUCCUUUGAAACCGGCCAUGUCGGUGGAAUCCCAUCGAGAGACGCCCAUGGAAGAUACGGUUCCCAGUGGAGAGGGAUUGGAGCGGGUCAAAUCAUCAUCACUCUUAGAUGAUGACCAUUCCGAAGUCGACAGCAUUGGGUCGGAGAUUCGCGAUGAUUCCGAAUCCGUGGCCAGUGGCAGUACUCUAACGACUCGCUCCUCCAAUCGACGCAAACGAGAUCCCGCCGCCAAUCUGACCAAGAAAGCCAAACUUCGGGCCGCCCAUAAGAACAAAUCCGCCAGCUUGAGUGGCAAGGGCAAAAGCCGGAGAUUUAUUUUCAAGAAGAGUUCCAUACGCGCUCCCACAUCUGUUGCCCGAGCAUUGACAUCCGAUCGAGUAUUCUACAAGGGUCAAUGUUUCACGACUGGUGACAUCGUGUCCGUGACUGACAUCGAAGGCGGCAUCUACUAUGCUCAAUUGAGAGGAUUUCUCACCGAUCAGUAUUGCGAGAAAAGUGGCGUGAUAUCGUGGCUCUUACCCACCGUUCACAGUCCUCUACCUGAAGAUGGUUUCGAUGCCGGAACAUACGUGAUUGGGCCGGAAGAGGAACUUCCGCGGAAAUUGGAAUGCUUCACAUUUGUCAUGCACGCACCAGAUGAUUACUUCUACUACAAAUACGCCCCCUACCCUACGCGAUCCGUGAAACCGGAUCAAGAGUACCUGAUGACGAGAGCGGGUCCAAAAGUCAGGCUCAUCAACCAUGGCAAGGCCGUAUAUAGGGAUAUGGAUCUGUAUGAUUGAAUUUCGAAUAAAAAUUGAACGCGCA